AUGGCGUUGAUUAGUGAAGGCCGAGUGGGCGUGUGGGGAAGCAAAAACGAGAGAUGGGCGAUCAUAGAUUUUGGUUAUGAAAGUUUUUACUGUAAAGAUAUCAUUUAUCACAACAAGAAACUCUACGCUAUGGGAUUCGACGGCUUUACUGUUGCAGUGGAUCCCAAGUCUCUGAACGUCACUGAAGCUGCCACGGCUCCUGGAAAAUCCCAAUCACAUCUUAUGAUGCACUCUCUGGUAAAAUCAAGGGAUGAUCUGUUUCUGAUCAACACGUAUUGGUUAUACAAAUACUACCAACAUGGUUCUCUCUUGGGUCGGAUUCGUUUGGAUGUUUUCAAACUUGACGACGAGAAAUGCGAGUGGAUUGAAGAAGAUGGAUUGAAAGAUCAAGUGUUGUUUUUAGGUGAAGAUGUUUCGUUCAUGCUUUCAGCGAAAGAAUUUCCUGCGUGUAAAGGGAAUAGCGGUUAUUUGAUGUAUAUGGAUUUGUGUGGAGUUGAGUUUGAUUUUUAUCCUUCCACAGAGGAUGUUGCGUAUUUUGACUUGGAGGAUUCGUCGCCGGGAUCUCAACCGGGGGCUCUUUCAAAAUAUUGGGAGGAUUUCUGGCCUCUACCCACUUGGUUCGGGCAGAAGACGAAUUUGAAGUUGAGCAUGGUUGAAAAGAUCACGCAUGCAGAUGCAUAA